AUUAUUAUAUUUUGGGGAACUAAAGUUUGGAUUGAUCAAAGUAAAUUAGUCCCAGCAAACGCUGUUUCUUAAGGAAACUGGGAAGACAAAAGAAAAAAAAAAAAAAGGGAAAAAAAGAGAGAAAGAAGCAAGGUCUCCAAUUCCAACCAUGCGUUUGCCCAUGAUCAUAUUGCUGGUGUUAACGAUCUGGAAAGCAGGAAAUGGUUCGAGAGCGAAUGAGUUAAAGGUGGAUGGGAAAGUGUUGGAGUUGGAUGAAUCCAACUUUGACUCCGCUAUUUCAUCAUUCGAUUACAUCCUCGUCGACUUCUACGCUCCCUGGUGCGGUCACUGCAAACGUCUUUCCCCCCAGUUAGAUGAGGCAGCUCCUGUUCUUGCUGGAUUGAAUGAGCCAAUAGUUUUAGCUAAAGUUAAUGCUGACAAGUUUACCCGUCUUGCUAGUAAACAUGAUAUCGAUGGCUAUCCUACCCUCAAGUUCUUUAUGCAUGGAGUUCCCAUGGAGUAUAAUGGACCAAGGAAAGCAGAUUUACUUGUUCAAUAUCUGAAGAAAUUCGUUGCUCCUGAUGUGUCUAUUCUUAGUUCAGAUUCUGCCAUUAAUGAUUUUGUUGAAGCAGCUGGUACUUUCUUUCCUAUAUACAUAGGUUUUGGCUUGAAUGAAACAGUGAUAUCUAAUUUAGCUGUUAAGUACAAGAAAAAGGCCUGGUUUUCGGUGGCAAAGGAUUUCUCUGAUGAUGCCAUGGUGUUGUAUGACUUUGACAAAGUUCCUUCUUUGGUAGCUCUUCAUCCAAGCUAUAAGCAGCAAAGCGUCUUCUAUGGCCCAUUCGAAGAUUCAUUUUUGGGGGAUUUUGUAAAACAGAAUUUGCUUCCUCUGGUGGUGCCCUUGAACCACGAGACAUUGAAGCUAUUGAAAGAUGAGGAGAGGAAAGUUGUCCUGACAAUCUUAAAUGAUGAGGAUGAAGACCAAUCACAGAACUUGAUCAAGUUAUUGAAGGCUGCUGCAUCUGCAAAUCCUGAUUUGGUAUUUAGUUAUGUUGGGGUUGAGCAAUGGGAAGACUUUGCUGAUAAAUUUGAGGCCAACCAGAAGACAAAGUUGCCAAAAAUGAUUGUUUGGAACGGAAAUGAGGAGUACUUUUCGGUUAUUGGUGUUGAAAGCCUUGAUGCUGAAGAUCAGGGGACCCAAAUCUCACGAUUCCUAGAAGGAUAUAGAGAAGGAAGAACAGAAAGGAAAACAGUUAAAGGGCCAUCAUUUAUGGACUUCAUCCAUUCAUUAGUUGGUAUCAGAACUGUGUACAUACUCGUCUUUAUCGUUGCAAUGAUGAUGCUUAUACAAAGCAUUGGGAAAGAAGACGAUAUGCCCAGGGUUGGCAGCCAGGAUGCAGUUGAUCAUGCUGGGAGCUCUGAGGCUGAAAGCAGUCGGUAUGGACUUGAGAAGAAAGAAGAUUAAGGCGAGGUAUCUUCCUGGUUGAGAUACAACAACGAAAACACAGUGAGUUACAGAAUAGAGGUGCAGAAGGGUGAAUGAAAUCUAAUUAACAAUUCUGUGUUGAAGCUGAUGAUCCCAGCUUUCUUGACGUGUAUCUUUUUUUAUAUGCUCAAUGAUGGCAAUCUUGUUUUAAGAAAUCAAAGUAUUCUAGCUUGUACUUUGUUGUAUUAUGAAGAUUCAUUGUUUUUCUCUGACACUGUUAUUAUGUUCAAUGGUGUUUUCCCUUCAUGAUUUCCCA